AAUUAACCUUUACCCGCUUGCUUUAUCACCUGACGAAAAUCAAGACAUUCUCCACAUCGUAUGAUGUUCCAUAUAUUUCCGAAAGGACCGCACAAACAUGUUUUGGUGCAGCACGGCAUCAAAUUAAGCGGAAGAUAUCUCUCGCGCCUUACUGGUCAGAGUCAGAUCCAGUCAAUCAACGGUGGCAGGAUGAGGGCGACACAAUUUCGAGCGUUUGGUACCAGCUCAACGCACAAGGCAUCCUAUCGUAGAUUCGGUGAACCUCCCAGGACCUCCUCUCAACAACCACGGUUGGUCGGGAGUAUCAAGUUCCCGUCAAGUAAUAAUGGCAAUUUCGAUCGUGCUUUUCGCGGAGUUCCAAAUUGGAUUUGGUGGCUUGCCGGAGGAGGCGGUGUAUAUUUUGUUAGCCAUUUGGAGACAGUGGAGCAGACAGGCAGAUUGAGAUUUAUGGAUACCAGUGUCGCAUCUGAACUUGCUACUGGCCGUCAAGUCUAUGCGCAAACUUUAGCACAAUAUCAAAACAAGAUCUUACCCUCUUCUCAUCCUACCUCGAUCUAUGUGACCAAAGUUGCCAAUCAAAUUAUCAAGGCAUCUAAUCUUGGUUCCGACUCUGAGUUGGGUGAUGACCCUUUUCUUAACCAUCAAUCUUGGUCAGACUCUGGUGUCAUGAAUGCCAAACGCGAAAAUCUUCCAGAUUGGAAAAUACACGUGAUUGAUGAGCCCCGAAUUCAGAAUGCGUUUGUGAUUCCUGGAGGAAAGAUCUUUGUAUUCACCGGCAUUCUGCCGAUCUGUAAAACUGAAUCCGGUCUAGCCACGGUCCUUGGACAUGAGGUAGCGCAUCAAGUCUUGAGGCAUACCGCUGAACGAAUGUCUUCCAUGAAAGUGGUCUUCUUAUUGACUACAGUCCUCAGCAUCAUUGGCCUUGACUUUGGAUUCUCACGAGCGCUUGUAACUUUGCUGAUGACACUACCAAACUCCAGAACAAGCGAAGUCGAAGCUGAUCAGGUUGGGCUGAACAUCAUGGCCAAGGCAUGUUAUGAUCCUACAGAAGCAGUGCGAAUGUGGAAAAGGAUGGAAGAUCAUGAACAUCGCUCUAAGCAUUCGGCUCAGAUCACCGAAUUUUUACAAACUCACCCCGCUCAUGAUCGUCGGAUACAAAAUAUCUCAGGCUGGUUGACAGAGGCUGAAAAAUACAGGGAAGCUAACUGUGGAUUCACAACCCAAGCUGCUGCACGGUUCAACAGAUGGCAGGCUUCUUGAACAUGACAAAGCUGAUCUGAUUUUAAGUAAAGCUGAUCAAAAACUACUCCUCCUAGUCAUUUGAUAUUGUUCUAGACCCUGUUUUAAGUUGUGUAGUACUUUGACAGUUGAUUCUGUUUAACCCUUUAGUGGACGCCGUAGGUUCUGUAUUGUACUAGCAGAAUAUACCUCAUUUGAUGCUAUGUCCCAUGUAAUGAACAAAUUUACACCU